AUGGCGCAAAACAAGCAAGAGUUACGUAUAGUGACUUACAUGUGUCCGAGUCAUCCAGUGCAACUGUACGAAUUAAUAUUGGAGUUGUUGGAAGAAGCUUUGAACUGCUAUACUACUUUGCAAUAUGAAAGUAGGAACUCAGGACCUUUGCGGAAUCGGCCUGAUCCGUUUUCUACAAAUAAAGCAGACUUAGGGUUUAUGUCAGCUGCAGCGUAUAUGAAACUUCGAGAGAAAAAUAAAACAGCCAUUGAAUUAUUGCCAGUAACUCCUGUUUUUGCUCACCAAAUGAACCUGGAAAAUAAACCUGGUUAUUUCUCGGAUAUCAUAAUCCAUAGCGACAAAAAGGCACAUAACGUGAAUACUUUGUUAGAUUUGCGUGGUUGUACAUUCGCAUACUGUGACGAAGAAUCUUUUAGUGGAAGUAAAAUUGUUUUAAAAACGCUCAAAGACAAAGGCGAAAAUGCUUCUUUCUUUGGAUCCACACUAAAAUCUGGAUCACAUUUGUCGUCAGCACAGAUGGUUCUAUCUAAACAAGCAGAAUGGGCUGCAGUGGAUUCUACAACUCUUCUUUAUUCAAAAAAGUUUAUGUACGAUGGCGGUAGAGAUAUUAUAACAUUGGAAACACUUGGUCGCUUGCCACCCUAUCCUGUUGUAGCGAACGCUAAUUUGGCAGUCGAAAUAAAAAAAGGCAUAACUGAUACACUACUCACUCUAUCACAAACUAACAAGUGGAAAAGCGAAUUUUCUAAAUUCGGUAUAAUUAAGUUUGAUGCUAAUAGCAAUGGCGCUUACGAUGGGCCGGCUGCACAGAUGUGGUCCAUCCAGAAAGAAAAACUUAAUAUACGAUAUUAUUAG